AUGUUAGCAGUACUCAUGCUCCGCUGUACCCUCCUUCUUGUAGCUCUCGCUUUCUUCACUAACAUGGUCACUAGCUCAGAGGCUACGGAUGUCAAAAUGCUGAGCGACAAAUUCGAUCUGCUUGUUACCGCUUCUGCUGAUAAUACUGGUAGUACCACGGCGAAGAGAGUGUUAAGGCAAGCCGUCAAAACAUCUCAGAAGAGCGCCAACUAUCCCAGCUACGAAUCGGAGUCUGUUGCAGCGGAAGAACGAGGAUGGUUUACCAAAGUUUUCGGUAGAAUCGAAGAUGCUUCGGAGUCAACCUUUGAAAAACUUUUGGGCAACAGUAAAGCGAAACUGAAAGCGUUCGAGAAACUGGAAAAAAAAUACCGCGACGGAAGGCAGGGAUAUGUGGGUUUCGAUGGCCCUAAUUUGGAUCUGCGAAGCUUCAAGUGGAAAUUCUUCAAACAGUUUGGUGAUUGGUACGAUAGUAGACACUAG